AUGCGUUUUUCUCAAGGUAAAUACGGAGCUAUACCUCCAAAUGUUGAUUUCGAGAAUACGUAUAUUCAGGAUAUGGCGUUGAUGGCAUUUUACGAAAUUGAACGGGCAGUGACGUAUGAAUAUCAUGUGUGCAAGAUGAGAAGUCAGGAAAGGGAACCCCGACUUUCGAAUUAUAGUAUCUUACCCCGUGAUGAUGAGAUCCCAAGCACUAUCCAUGGAUUUGUCGCAGAUAGUGGCAUGGUAACUCGGAGCAUGAACAGAGAGCAGGAUUCGGACUUAGAUGCAAAAUUCGGCAGAUUGGUCCUUCGCCAAGCAGCGGAGUUGACAAAUGCAGAUAUCGCUGCCUUGUCUUUAGGAGUCAACAAUCUCGUCAUUCUAGCACAGCGACAGGUCGGUCUCAAUCGGGAUAAAUUCCUCCACGGCGUGUUUUGCAACUGGAACACUUCAUAUAUUCCCCCCAGAUAUCCGCCCAAACUUCCUAAUGAAAUCGUAUCAAACGCAAGUAUCAGAACAGAUUGCUAUUCGCACUCCGAACGUACUCAAGCAAAAGCCGCAUGUAAAUUGCCGAGCGAAAUGGGGAUUCCAGAAAGACCUGCUGCUCAGAAAGCUGGUGCUGAAGUAUUAAUUAAAGUAAGACCAGGCAUUAUUGCACCGAGUCUUGGGUUUGUCAAUCGAAAUGGAGGGUUUGGGAUGGAAGAUAAUAUCGCUCUUCAUGCAGGUACAUUUGGAGAUUUUUUGAGAAUGGCAUUGCGAAGUUUUGAUCACACAGAUGGUGCCAUUUGUCGUAAUUAG